GACCCAUAAACCCGGCCGGUGUGGAGACAAGGUAGCAUGUGGGGUACUGGUGGAAGUCACUGGAGGUGGUGUUCGUGGACGAGCAUGUGGUUGGGGACCUCUAUAGGGCAUGCAUUUGGAUCAAUCACUAGCAAACAGGAGCAAUCAAAGCGUGCGGCAGUGAGACUCACACUGAAAUAUUGGCAUGGGAGUAUGAAGAUCCAACGACGGUAUUCGACUCCGGGGUUCUGGUCGAUGUCUGGUUAUGCGACACCGACCUAGCCUUCCAAAACGGCGAAUUACUUUUCCUUCGCGCACCCGUUAGUGGGCCUUCUAUAAGCUGCGGUGACAGGAAACAGCUUCAAUUGAUUCGCUGGGUUGAGGAUUGCCAACUCAGGAUUGAAACUAACGUACUCGAUGCGAUCUGUGACGGCAACAGGGGAACUGAUCAGUUGCGGGAAUCUUGUAGGCGAGAUAAAUGUAGGUAUGGAAGAGGCACGAACCAACCUGGACCAUCUCCUGAUAGCGAGUUGACCAAGCGAUCGGGUCAGCAACCCAAUUAUAUAGGACUUUCGAAAGAUGUCUGGGGAAGGGAAGCGUCUGCACCGAGCAGACUAAGACUAACUCACCUGCUGCUGGCCUUUUUUGCUUGCCAUUGCGUCAAGCUCUUUAUGCAGAGAAGACGGGGCCUAUUGAACAGAUCAUAAGCUGGCUCCCAGGCGAGAAAA